CGGGGUCGGCGCUGCCCGCGCGCGGAGGCCGCGCCCCUCCUGGCCCUGGUUUCCUCGCUGUCAAACAGCCGCAGGAGCACCAACCCCGGCCGAGCUGGCACUGCCUGGAGAGGGGACCAUUCCGAGACUGCACCGCGCGAUCGAAGGCUCCUGGAAUACUUAGCAGCCUGAGGAUUCGAUUCAGCUUCGUACCACAAGACGCCUUCAUUUUUGCACUACACUGGGACCUUCACCAAACUUUUCAGUUGCAAAGCUGCUGACAGACAAUUUUGCAUCGCGUCCUAGGCUCCUUGCACUCUGAAUUUGCCCUACUCAGGGAGUGUGCUCAAAGUUGAAAUUGCACAGAGGACAGCUCAAGUUUGCAUCAGACGGAAAGUGAACUUAGGCCAGAUGUGCAUGGCCCAGUGAGUGGGAAAGGUGAUGGAUUCCUAAAGUGGAAGAGGUGGUUUGGAGGGGGCACCGCCCAUGCUGCCUUGCUUCCAGCUGCUGCGCAUAGGGGGCGGCAAGGGUGGCGAUCUCUACACCUUCCACCCCCCAAGUGGGGCUGGCUGCACCUACCGCUUGGGCUGCAGGGCCGAUCUCUGUGAUGUGGCCCUGCGGCCCCAGCAGGAGCCCGGCUUCAUCUCUGGAGUCCAUGCGGAGCUGCAUGCUGAACGCCGGGGUGACAACUGGAGUGUCAGCCUGGAGAACCAUAGCAGCCAAGGGACUUUGGUCAAUAAUGUCCGACUCCCAAGGGGUCACAGGCUGGAGUUGAGUGAUGGUGACCUUCUGACCUUUGGCCCUGAAGGGCCCCCAGAAACCAGCCCCUCAGAGUUCUACUUGUUUCAGCAAGUCCGAGUCAAACCUCAAGAUUUUGCUGCCAUUACUACCCCACGGUCUAGGGGAGAAGAGGGAACCGGGGUUGGUUUCCGGCCCAUGCUGCCCUCCCAGGGGGCUCCACAGCGCCCCCUCAGCACCCUCUCCCCUGCCCCCAAAGCCACGCUGAUCCUCAACUCCAUUGGCAGCCUCAGCAAGCUCCACUCCCAGCCCCUCACCUUCUCACGGAGUGGGGGUGGGCCACAGAGCCUGCCUGUUCCCACUCCAGCUGGGGAAGUGGGGACAACCCCUUCUGUCCCACCCCCAAGAAACCGGAGGAAAUCAGCUCACCGCGUGCUGGCGGAACUGGAUGAUGAGAGAGAGGCUCCCAAGAGCCCCCCACCAGUCCUUAUGGAGCCCAGGAAGAAACUCCGUGUAGAGAAAACCCCACCGACACCCAGUGGAAAUCGACGUGGGCGUCAUCGGAAACACCCAGUGAGCAACCCCAGGGCUCCCCCUGCAGUUGGGGGCGGGGAGCACUGUGCAGCCCCUUGUUGCUGCCUACCCCAAGAAGAGACAGUAGCCUGGGUUCAGUGUGAUGGUUGUGACAUCUGGUUCCAUGUGGCCUGUGUUGGUUGCAGCAUCCAGGCUGCCAGGGAGGCCGACUUCCAGUGCCCAGGCUGUCGUGUAGGCAUCCAGACCUAAGGCCCACCACCAAAGCACCAGAGGACAGAGCUGGCACCUCCAGGACAUGGGUGGACACUGGGGUGCCAAUGGGUCCUAAGAGAUGCCCUCUUCUUCCCUUGCCUCUCUAGGAGGGAAUAACUACAGGGGAUGGGGCCAUUCCUAUGGAUUAUCAGUUCAAGGCCUGGAGCGGGCCCUCAUGGCCAAGGUAACAGAAGAGAUGGCUUCCUGCCAAAGAUAUUGCUGCCUCCAGGAAGUUGCCAGUGAGCUGGAAAUUCCCGCUUGUCACAAGCUGUAGGUCCUUGUUGUCAUGGACACUAGAAUGUCUGGUCAAGAGAACCCAUCAAUUGCAGAGGUCAUGCCUGGGAAGUUAUAAGCCUCAGACUUGAACAAGCAAGUUCUAAAUGUUCUUGAUGGCAUCGCCUAAGGCAUCUCUGGGAAAACCUAGGGCACAGCCCCCAAACUCCCUUACAUUGUGGGCAGUCCUGCCGCUGAUCCCCAUGACUGUGACCUGACUUUUCAGAGCUUUGCUUCCGUUUCCAAAUAAAGAAUGAGCAGCUUCAUAUACUCCAAGGUA